AUGGACCAGCGCGGCACUGGUCGCAGUACAAAAUUGGCCUGCGUUGCAGCGCAAGUUGAUUUCAGCUUCUAUGCUUCAAGCGUAGAAAAUGAUCCAGCAAGAGUUCCUUCUUGUGCUCAAGAUAUUGCAAGGAAAUAUGGACCACUUUCGUCAUUUUCUGUCACGAGCGCUGCGACGGAUAUGGCGAAAAUUAUUUCUGGAUUUUUGAAUGGCAUGAACAACAUCGUGUAUGGGUACGUUCUGGAUGGUAUUGGCGCGACUCCGGGAGCGCCUCCAGACGAAAAACUGUACUUGUCAAACAAAGACAUUUAUUUUGGAGAGGUGGGCGAUACCUUUUUAGUGUUGUGCGUGAAGGACAAAACGUGUUUAAAGCGAUUUGCGGAGAAGAGUUUGUCAAGAACUUUUAAAGGUUUGAUGGCACAUAUUAAAGGGGACCUAAAAUCUACGUCGUAUACCACGCUUGUGACAGAAUAUGAAACCGACAAGAGCGUUAGACCCGCAUAUGCCUUUCAGCGGACACUGGGAAAUUUGCUGCUGUCCGAAAGCUUGCGCACACUCAUCCCCGUUAUUGCUUACAGAAUGGGAUGA